AUGGAAUCUAGACUUGUCCUUGUAUCAGGCAGAGACCCGCAUCUGGGACGUAUCACCACCAAAUUUGUGAUGCUGGUGUGCAUCUCCAAGUUUGCACAGGGCCUUGAUAGCUGUGAGACCCAGACUGAUGGAACAGAAUUGAAGCUGGCCGUGAACAUGGUGCCCUUCCCCCGCCUGCACUUCAUGCCCGGCUUCGCGCCUCUCACCAGCCGAGGAAGCCAGCAGCACCAGGCCCUCACCGAGCCUGAGCUCACCCAGCAGGUCUUCGAUGCCAAGAAUGUGAUGGCCGCCUGUGACCCCCGGCACAGCCGGUACCUCACCGUGGCCACUGUCUUCCCUGGACGGAUGUCCAUGAAGGAGGUGGACGAGCAGAUGCUGAACGUGCAGAAGAACAGCAGCUACUUCAUGGAGUGGAUCCCCAACAAUGUGAAGACUGCUGUGUGCGACAUCCCGCCCUGGGGCCUCAAGAUGGCAGUCACCUUCAUUGGCAACAGCACGGCCAUCCAGGAGUAGCUGUUCAAGCGCAUCUCGGAGCAGUUCAAGGCCAUGUUCCGGUGCAAGGCCUUCCUGCACUGGUACAUGGGCGAGGGCAUGGAUGAGAUGGAGUUCACCGAGGCCGAGAGCAGCAUGAACGACCUGGUAUCCGAGUAUCAGCAGUACCAGGAUGCUACCGCGGAAGAGUCAUUGAUUAUUUCCGUUCGGGAACAUAAAAGAGCAGAAGAAUGGUGA